UAAUCGAACGGUAUACACAGAAUAAAACACCAAUGUACAAAAUCUAUAUAUAAAAAUGCUCAUCCGGCGACCAAACCAGUAGAGAAUCAACUUCCAUUUUCCAAUGGGUUCGAUCACCAAACUCCAUCUCUUCAAUCUUCCAUUGCUACUCCUUCUUGUAGUCUCCUUUUCUUCUUCGCUUUCAGAGCCUAACCAGUUCUGUGAUGCUGGAAUCGGAUACGAGGAAUCGACGUGUGGUAUUUCGACGACGUCGUCGAAGAUAUUGAUAAAGGGAGGGACUGUAGUGAAUGCUCACCACCUGGAAGUUGCUGAUGUUUAUGUGGAGGAUGGAAUUAUCGUCGCUGUGAAGCCUCAUAUCCACGUUGGUGAUGAUGUCACUGUGCUUGAUGCCACUGGAAAGUUUGUUAUGCCAGGGGGAAUUGAUCCUCAUACGCAUCUAGCCAUGGAGUUCUUGGGUACAGAAUCCGUUGAUGAUUUUUUCAGUGGUCAGGCUGCAGCAUUAGCAGGUGGAACAACAAUGCACAUUGACUUUGUUAUACCAGUUAAUGGGAGUUUGACAGCAGGUUUUGAAGCUUAUGAGAAAAAAUCUAAGAAGGCUUGCAUGGAUUUUGGUUUCCAUAUGGCAAUUACAAAAUGGGAUGAAGUUGUUUCAAAAGAGAUGGAAAUAAUGGUUCAAGAGAAAGGGAUAAACUCUUUCAAGUUUUUCAUGGCAUACAAAGGGUUUUUUAUGGUUAAUGAUGACCUUAUGCUAGAAGGAUUCAAGAAGUGCAAGUCUCUCGGUGCCUUAGCUAUGGUUCACGCAGAAAAUGGAGAUGCUGUUCAUGAAGGACAGAAAAGAAUGAUUGAACUUGGUAUUAGAGGUCCAGAGGGACAUGCUCUUUCAAGGCCUCCAGUGCUGGAAGGAGAGGCAACUGCUCGAGCAAUUCGAUUGGCGAGUUUUAUAAACACUCCACUUUACGUAGUUCACGUCAUGAGCAUUGAUGCUAUGGAAGAAAUAGCUAAAGCUCGGAUAUCAGGGCAGAAGGUUAUUGGAGAACCAAUAGUAUCCGGCUUAGUCCUUAAUGAUUCUUGGCUUUGGGAUCCUGACUUUCUGACUGCAGCAAAAUAUGUAAUGAGUCCACCGAUUAGAGCAGCAGGACACGACAAGGCUCUUCAGGCUGCUCUUUCAACUGGUGUUUUGCAGCUUGUAGGAACCGAUCGUUGUACUUCCAAUUCUACGCAGAAGGCUUUUGGAAUUAAUGAUUUCCGGAUAAUUCCAAAUGGUGUUAACGGUAUAGAGGAAAGGAUGCAUCUUGUAUGGGAUACAAUGGUGGUUUCUGGCCAAAUUUCUGUCACUGACUUUGUUCGUGUAACAAGCACUGAAUGUGCUAGGAUCUUCAAUAUAUAUCCCAGGAAGGGAGCAAUUCUCACAGGAUCUGAUGCAGAUAUAAUUAUACUCAAUCCAAAUUCAACCUUUGAAAUAAGCGCAAAGUCCCACCACUCUAGGUCUGAUACAAAUGUCUAUGAAGGAAGGAGAGGGAAGGGAAAAGUUGAAGUGACCAUUGCUGGUGGAAGAAUUGUUUGGCAAAAUGAUGAACUGAAGGUUGUUCCUGGUUCUGGAAAGUAUAUAAAGCUGCCACCUUAUAGUUAUCUUUUCAAUGGAAUUGACAAGUCAGAAGCCAAUUACCUAUCUUCUCUCAAAGCUCCAGUAAAGCGUACAAUUAUAUCCAAAGCAGACGCACAAAUUGAAGAACAAACAAGAAUAUAAAGAAAUCAAGAUUCAAACCCGAGAAUUGAAUCACAAUGUUUAUUGAGAUCAAAUUCAAGUAUAAGCUUUCAAUUUUAAUC